UGGAGUACGGUCACACCAAGCUGUAGUCCUCUUGCUUAUUUUAUGUUAUUAGAAAUAUAUUAUUAUUUAGGAUCUUUCAAGGCAAUUCGAUGGCAUCAAUGUCUCAGUGCAACCAAAGUGUUUUUGAUCUGGUGACCCACCUGGCCACUUUGUUGGUCUCGGAUGAGCAGACACCCAAACUUCCUACAGCUGCGUUGGUCGCCAGAAGGCGCUCAAAAAUAUAUGAAGCAUUGCUCUUUAGUAGGACGAUGUCCACGCAGGAAAAACUUGAACUGCUCUACCAGGUGAGCAGCGAGGUGAAACAGAACUUAAAACAGAGGGACAAACUACACUCAUUUGAAAAUCUGCUAGACGGACAAGAUGCUAAAAACCCUCAAAAAACAGAGAAGGUUACUGAAAUCCCCUCUGACGUUGUGAUAAGGCGUCUUAAACCAGGGAUACUGCAACUAAAUGAAACCAUGGAACCCCUGACGAAAGAGCCAUGGCACCCAAAGAUGCUAAAAUCCAUGGAUCAGAUGAAACGUGCCCUAAAACCCCUGCAAUUACAGCCCUACUCAGAAAUUCUGAUUAGCAACCAAAAAUCCGAGCCUUCUCAGGAUAAGCCACGUCCCAAGAUUAUGCAAUCUCAUUUGUCAAGGUUUGGCCUUGUGGAGUCUAUGGCUCGAAUGAGGGGGGACAGUGAACCACGAAUGGAACCACCUCCUCGACUGCCAGUCUUAAAAGAUAAGACCCCCGUUGCCCAGGCGGAAACGCCUUUUGUGCGGAAACCUGGUCCGGAGAAAUUCUUUAUUUCAGACCGCAUGAUGACCAAUGAGCUAAAGCUCCUUCAAAACAAGGAUUUGGAGCUCUACUAUAUGGAGGAAGCAACACUAAUUGAUCACCUAAAGAAAGCAGCAGCAGGGCUUCCGUCGGCAUCGUUUCCAUGUUCGCCGACAGAUAAACUGGAAUUGGUAAUGAGACCUAACACCACGUUGCGCACUGUGCUACCGGAGGUACUGGAAGAUUUUGCAUAUCCGUUUCUGCGUGCCGGUUCUGCCUUUCGGCGUUUAAGUGCUCGCUCAAAGUUAAACAGAAACUCCAGAACGCGCUUGGAAAGGCCCCUAAAUCGGGCCAUGCGAGAAAUCUUGGUGGAUUUCUUAGCCACCAACCGGCAGUUUAUGCUCACUUUGCCAGCCGAUAGCCCCUUCCAGCUGCUGUUCUAUGCCCGUCACGCCAUGGAGCUAGUUCAUCAGCUGGAAAUUAUUUUCAAAAUUGAGCCAAGAUUAAACGUGGACACUGGGGUAUCAGGUGCCGUUCUGCUUAGUCGCAUUUGGUGGGCCAUCAACAUUUGCGGAAACGUUGAUGUCCAGGAUCUCCUUUUGUAUAUAAUGCGCUUUGUGACCCAAAGGUACUUUGUGCAAUUACAAAAAUGGAUUUACCGAGGAGAACUGGACACGGCUGUUAAUGAGAUUUUUAUCAACCGUUGCCUUAACACAUCAACAUCGCUGGUAAAUGAGUGCAGUAAGGAGUUCUUUGACAAUGGCUAUCAAGUGGUCAUCGAAGAGGUUCCAAAAUUCUUAUCUGGCUGUGAGCAUGAAAUCCUUCAGUGCGGGAAGUACAGCCAGGUGCUUAAGGCAUAUAACCCUCAGCACCCCGUCUUUAAUGUGGAGUACCCAGAUAUUGUGGUUUGUCUAACGGUGGAGGAGGUCAAAGAGAUGCGUCACAGGCUGGCCAAUAAGUAUGCCGGAAUUUACCAACGAUUUGGGUCGUGUAGUAUGCAAAGCAUCUUCGAAGAGCGCAUGGCGACCAAACGAGUAUUUGCGAAUCUCAUGGUUCAGCGAACACAAGCUUACUUUGACGCAUGGGAAGAGGAACAACGUGUGCUUCAGCUGAAGGCAAAUGCUCAGAAAAAACUACUAUAUGAUAAAAUCAAUGCGGAGCAGGAACUUCAUCAGCAAAAUCGGCUUGAGAAGCGGAAGCAGGAGAUAGUCAAUGAACUUGCUUUUAUCCGGGAAAGGGAACUGCUAGAAGAUAUACACCUGAAACGGGAAAAACAAGAGUUGCAAAAGGAAGUGAUACAGCUUGCAGCAGACUUAAUCGAAAAAGACACACAUGAGGUUAUCAGUCCCGACCAAAGCACAUAUAGCGACCUUAGUUAUACAUCCUGUCUCGAAGGACCUGAUUGUCGAACAGAAUCCAUAUCAGACAAAGAUGGGGAGAAGCUAAAGGAUGAAGCAGUUGGACAGUCUGAUAAACCACCAGAUGUUAAAUUAGAUCAGCCAGGAGAUGUGGAGCAGCGAGAUGUGAAAGAGUUACCAGUUUCACUUUCCAAUUGGGUUCAGUAUCAACGAAGUCACUCCGAUGUACUUAACUCCAAUGAGCAGCCAGCCCAAACAGAACUUAUACGCAAUCGACAGCAUGCACUCUCCUCGGAUCAAUUUCAGGAGUGCCAAACACGAGUAAAUGUAAAACAAACGGACACAUCAACCACUAGUACGAGUUCUGGAUUGCGCGCUCAACUUCCUUCUGACAUUAAUGCAAAUCUUAAUUGCCCUGAAACAGAGGCAUUAAGCGAUAUGCAGCGCAACCGACGGCGAAAUGAACAGCAUGAUGGAUUUUCUAGUUUUAACACCUUAGACGAUGAGCACACCAACCGUUUACAUUGGCAAAGAAAUUCUAAUACGGAACGCGCCAAGAAUCGGCGGCGGGUUUUGGAGAGCGAAUUUGGUAUUAGCCUGGGCGAUACGGAAAAAAAAGCGAUGCCUUGCUUGCCUUUAGAACUCAACAUGCUCCACGUGGAAGUACCUUUAUCAGUGCUAACGCCAAUGUCCACCACCUCCGACGUUGAUAUCGGUGGUCUCACACCAAAGGAAUUCACAGAAAUUGCAGAUAUGCCUGAAAUAGCUGACAACGAUGCUGCUAAUAAUAACAAUGUUGGUGAAUACAGGGAAACUUUGUGCCCGGAGUCUAAAAAGGCCGAACUUGUAAGUGAUAAUCCAAUGAAACAAUCGGAAGACCUUAGGCAUGCUUUAAGACUGCCCUCGCCCUUUAAUAUGGAGGAAGAAGAUGUCGGACGGGAGUUGCAAAACGCUGUUCCCAAUAUAUCGGACAGUAUCGAUCCUUUUAUGGCCCAAUAUUGGCUGCAGUUUUCUGUGAUGACUCCCGUAAACGCAUACUAUGCCCUUCUCCGCAAUGAGGUAAUUAGGAUCUUUCAGGAGAUGCGUAUCUGCGAACAUUUCCGCAAACUCAGAAACUACUUUUUUCUGCUAGACGGACAGUUUGGAGAAACACUGACUAGUGAUAUCCUGAAAAAAAUAAAGGCUGGUGUUGAUCCACCGAGUCUUUGCCAAAAAGGCAUUUUAGACACCAUCCUAACCAAUGCCCUAUCGGCUUGCUCAUCGGAUGAAACCACGGUGUCUCAGAAUCUUACUCUUAAUUGCACUACUAUACCAGAUACGCUAAAUUUCCUGUCUGUAGACGCCACCUCCAUGCUAAUGCUUCACUGCAAAAUAGACUGGCCUUUAAACCUCGUGAUUAGCUCGGAAACGAUUGCCAAAUAUGGCCAGAUAUUUGGGUACUUACUGAAGCUACGUCAUGUAAGCUUCGUCUUGGAAGGAACCUAUGAAUAUCUACAGCAGACGGGAAAACUUCUUGGACAGGAACUUCGGACAUGUGCACAUUUUCGGCACUUGCAGAUGAUGCGCAACAAGCUGUCGCACUUUAUGACCUCGUACCAGACGCAUCUGGUGGCCAAAGCUCUACAGGCCACAUGGAAGAGUUUCAAGGAGCAGCUGUGCUCUGCUGAUUCCAUAGAAGAAUUGUACAAGCAUCAUGCCGCAUACUUGAAGAGGGUGGCCUUCCUGGCUUUACUUAAUCGACGAAGUGCUAAGAUAAAGGAAACCAUCGAUAAUAUUCUUGUUAUCAUACUACGCUUUUGCAAAGUCAUUCAGUCACAGUCUUUCAUUAUGGAUCAAGAUAAUCAGUUUGUGCACCCCCGCUUUAAACGUCUGUUACAAGAGGAAGUCGAGUUCGAGAAGUUUAUGAACUAUCUCAUCUAUUUGGGAAACAAGGCAGCCGCCUCUGGCUACCAGGAGGAAAUCGAUGAUCUCAUUUGUAUUAUUAGUUUUAAUAACUACUACAAGGCAUCUGAGGAAACGUAAUCUUAAAAAAUCCCCCCUGUAAAUGUUAAAGGUUUUAAAAGAAUGGUUACGUUGUUAAAUAAUUGAAUGAAUUAAACAAUUUAUUUUAGAGUUAAA